GCCACGCUGCCACCAACUUGCCAAACUCGUCACCAACUCCUGUGAGAGUGCAACAGACCCACUGAAUUUAAUGCGGCUGGCCGUCUUUAUCGCAUGUCAACCGUUCCUUGAUCUUGCACCAGCUGUUCACCACCUGUCCUAAUUUUUUCGCAACUUCGCACUACUCCCUUCGCUUCAUCACCCGCAAGUAGACAGAGUCAUCUCAUCCAUUGUGCUCUGAACACCUUGUCCAACUCAAUACCCUCGCUUUCGCAUGCUCGUCGAGUAGCCGCCAAUCUGUUGCACUCAAAGACCUUCUCUCGGUCGCCGCCACGGGCCUUCUCCUUUCAGGACUUUCUUGCCAACAACACCCCCAGACUAUCCUCUGCGUCAAUGGCCGACGUCGAGAAGAAGGCUCGCCUUUCUGGCGAGCAGCCCAGAGCUGCAGAACCAGCACCAUCACUUUUGCCAACCACGAACCCUGCUACUGAGAAGCCUGCGCCUCCCCCGUCUUCUCUUCAUCCCGCCUUCUAUGUCGUUACCUGGAUCAGCUUCAGUGGAGGUGUGAUUCUCUUCAACAAAUGGCUUCUGAGCACAUUGGGAUUUGGCUUCCCUAUCACAUUGACCGCAUGGCACAUGGUGUUUGCAACCUUCAUGACACAGGUCCUCGCGAGGACAACCACUCUCCUUGAUGGCCGAAAGACUGUUAAAAUGACCGGUCGCGUUUACCUUCGCGCUAUUCUACCCAUCGGUUUCUUUUUCAGCUUGAGUUUGAUUUGUGGCAAUCAGGCUUAUCUAUACCUGAGUGUGUCUUUCAUCCAGAUGCUCAAGGCCACCAUGCCAGUAGCAGUCCUGUUGACCUCCUGGGCGCUCGGAAUUGCCCCUCCCAGUCUUAAAACACUCGGAAAUGUGUCCUUCAUCGUCGUGGGCGUCGUGAUUGCUUCCUACGGCGAGAUCGAAUUCAACUUGACCGGCUUUCUCUAUCAGGCUGGAGGUAUCUCAUUCGAAGCCACACGCCUGGUUAUGGUUCAACGUUUGCUCAGCUCUGCAGAAUUCAAGAUGGAUCCACUUGUGUCACUUUACUACUUUGCCCCGGUGUGCGCCAUCAUGAACAGCUUGACCGCCAUGGUGAUCGAAGUACCAAGCAUGUCUAUGCAAAACAUCUAUGAUGUCGGCAUGUUCAUCCUGGUUGCGAAUGCCAUGGUCGCGUUCCUCCUCAAUGUCUCCGUGGUUUUCCUGAUCGGGAAAACCUCGUCGCUGGUCCUUACGCUCUGCGGUAUCCUCAAAGAUAUUCUUCUCGUUGCGGCAUCUAUCAUGAUUUGGGGCAGUCCUGUGACCAAGACUCAAUACUUUGGAUACACUAUUGCUCUUGGGGGCCUCCUGUACUACAAGCUCGGAGCGGAUCAGCUCAAGCAGUAUGUCGGCCAGGCUGGACGAUCAUGGUCCGAAUUCGGGGUUCAACGACCUGCCCUACGAAAGGCAGUCGUGUUUGGACUGGUCUUGAUAACCCUCUUCACCCUUCUUGGUGGACUUGCUCCCACCUACGCGCCUAAUCAAACGCAGAACUUGAAGGACAUUUUGAACACUGGACUUGGAUCUUGAGAUAGCUGGUGGUUCUCUUCCAAGGCACAUGAACAGCUAUACCUGAUGAGAGAGAAAAGACGUUGCAAGCGCUGCAGCGUGAAUUUGAUGAUUAACAAAUAGAGGGCGGUUGGGGCAUUCCGCGUAUCGCAGAGGUUGUUGGCCGUCUUGCAGCGGUGCCAUGAACUUGUUGACCUGUAUGAUAUAUACAUAUAUAUAUGUCGGCGCAUUGCAUUUGGAAACAUGGCGUCAUUAUGCCCGGAAGUUCAUAGAUGAUGCAUAUUCUGCGCCUAUUCAGGGUAGAUAAUUGAACUUGAAA